AUGGCAAUGGCGACGCUGGAGGCCAAGGCAGCAUAUCCUUCCAACAUGCCCGGGAGCCUGGCGCUCACCACCGAGGCGGUGGCCAGGAUGAUGCGGCAGUGGAACUACCGGGAGGGCUUCGGCCUGGGCGCGCGGCGGCAAGGGAUCAUCGCCCACGUAGAGCCCGUGGUGCUGCCGCACCGGAACGCCGGGAUCGGCCAUGACGAGACACCGCACGACAACGGGCUGCAGAACACGCCGCCGGUGGUCGAAGACGAGUGGUCCCGCCGGUGGCGGAACCUUUCACGAGCGUUGUCCCUUGAACGUGAGUGCUGCGACAAGACCAUCGCCCUGCUAUGUUCGCUCCAAGGAGAUGGUGGAAGCGCGGAGACGGCGGACGCGCUGGCGGCGGUCGUCGUGUCCACGGAGGUGUUCGACUGGGAGCGCACGCCGGGGACGUGGAGAGCGUCGCUGCCCCCUGCCACCAUACGCUACAUCGUCGAGGAGGUGAUCACGCCGAGGAUGGCCGCAGACGCGCGGGAGUGGGAGCCAGUGUGGGACCCGAACUGCCAGCACUGGCUGCGCCCGUGGAUCCCCCUCGUCGGGCACUUGCCGAACAGCCUCUACGACACGGUGGAGAGCAAGCUCAUCACCUACGCCGAUCACCACGGCAUCGUCUCGUCUCUGAAAAAGUACCUUCACCCGACACAAUGGGGCGCCUUCGCCGGGCGCCACAUCCUGCCGAGGCUCGCACGUCUGCUGCGGGAGCUGAGGAUCACGCCGCCGAAGCAGAUGGACUGCUCGCUCCUCACAGUGAUGCUGUGGGCGCCCCUAGUGCGUGCGCAGGACAUGGUGACCAUCCUUGAAGCUGAGUUCUUCGAUAGAUGGGAAGAAGCGCUGCUCCACUGGCUGCGUUCCGCCAAGCCGUCGUUGGGGGAGGCCGUCGCGUGGUGCACCGGCUGGAGGAAUGAAUUCACGCGGGAGCUGCUCGCCCACGAACGCGUGCUCGCGCGCCUCGAAGCCGGCGCUGCCAUGGUGGAUCGUGAAACGCAGGGACUCAACAGUCUUGUAGGCUACAGGGUGUAG